UGUUUCCAGGAUCACGCUGAGGAGGCUGAGGCUGAAGUUGGGUGCCCCUUUGCUGGUGUUGGCUGCUCCUACAAGGGGAGCUCAAAGCUCCUGCAGGAGCAUGAGGUCACCUCCCAGACCACCCACCUAAACCUGCUUUUGGGGUUCCUGAAUCAGCGGAAGGCCCAGCAGGGCGCGGGCCUGGGCUCUAGGCCCAUGGCCCUGGAGCAGAAUCUGUCAGACCUGCAGCUGCAGGCAGCCGUGGAGGUGGCAGGGGACCUGGAAGUGGACUGCUACCGGGCGCCCCGCUCUGAGAGCCAGGACGAGCUGGCCCUGCAGCACUUCAUGAAGGAGAAGCUCCUGGCUGAGCUGGAGGGGAAGCUGCGCGUGUUUGAGAACAUCGUCGCUGUCCUCAACAAGGAGGUGGAAGCCUCCCACCUGGCUUUAGCAGCCUCCAUCCACCAGAGCCAGCUUGACCGCGAGCAUAUCCUGAGCUUGGAACAGCGGGUGAUGGAGCUGCAGCAGACCCUGGCUCAGAAAGACCAGGCCCUGGGCAAGCUGGAGCAGAGCCUCCGCCUCAUGGAGGAGGCCUCCUUCGAUGGCACCUUUCUCUGGAAGAUCACCAAUGUCACCAGGCGCUGCCACGAGUCAGCCUGUGGCAGGACCCUCAGCCUCUUCUCCCCAGCUUUCUACACUGCCAAGUACGGCUACAAGCUCUGCCUGCGUCUCUACCUGAACGGGGACGGGACGGGGAAGAGGACCCACCUGUCGCUCUUCAUCGUGAUCAUGAGAGGGGAGUACGAUGCUCUGCUGCCCUGGCCUUUUCGGAACAAGGUCACCUUCAUGCUGCUCGACCAGAACAACCGAGAGCACGCCAUUGAUGCCUUCCGGCCUGACCUGAGCUCAGCGUCCUUCCAGCGGCCCCAGGGUGAGACCAAUGUGGCCAGCGGCUGCCCACUCUUCUUCCCCCUCAAUAGGCUGCAGUCGCCCAAGCAUGCCUACGUGAAGGAUGACACCAUGUUCCUCAAGUGCAUCGUGGAGACAAGUGCUUAGGGCGGGGAGGGCCGUGCCAGCCGCACCUGACUCCCGAGGGAGCACCAGAGUACACUGGGGGGCAUUAGUACAAUGACUGAGGUCCUGUCCGUGGCGCCCAGGAUCCCGGGGCACCGUGAUGGGCCGGCCCGGCAUGAUCUGAGCGGGACUGACUGACCAUGGCUGGCCGUCAGCUUCGGCGGCGGCAGGGCCCCCGGGCUGGGCCCACAAAGGUCCAGAAGGAGGCGGUAGCAGGAUUGUUGUCCUCUACGCUGACCACAGGACAUUGGAGUCACUCCAGCCCUGCAUGUUGAGGCAGCCUGUGACCAAGAUGGGGAGGGAAGAGGGACCGGGCCUGGGGCAUGGAGGGUGAGCAUGGGGAGGAGGAAAGAAGCUCUCUGAGCAGGGCAGCUCUCUGGACAGGAAGGUCUCUGUACUGGGGUGGGGAGGGCGGGGUGGCAUCAAGUUGGGACUUGGGUUUGAAGACCUUGAGGUUCCUUCCAGCCCAGAAAGCCUCCAGGUCUGGGCCUCCUGGUGCAGGAGAGUCCUAGGGCUGCAGGGGUGCUAGAAACAUUCAGGAGCCUCGUGGCCUCCAGGUUCCUCUGUCACCUUCAGGGCCACCCCGUGGCCGAGCCAGCCUGCGCAGCACCUGCCACCCCGGGUCUGGCAGCCCCGUUCCCCAGCAUGGGGGGGCCGCGCGGGCCCAUGCUUCUGCUGGGAGGACUCCCCUGCACCUCCUCCAGGUGAAACCAGGUCCCUCAGCUCCCAGGAGCAGCGACAAGAAAGGUGGAGGAGGGGGCCAUAAACCCUCCGCUCGCCCUCCCUCAGAGGCCCUACCUUCGGCGCUUUCCAGAAUCUCAUGUCACCUAAUUAACCGAGGUAUUUCCUUCUUUCAGUUGACUGAUCAGGGCCUCUGAGCCACUGAGCAGAGGUUGUCCUUUUAAAUAUGUAUAAAACCAAAGAAAGAGAUUGUUUAAAUUUC